AUGUUCGUGAUGGCGUCGGAAUCGGGUCCUUCGUACCAGCCCAUCUUCCAGUUGAGCGUGGAGAUUCCGGCCUUCUUCAUAUCCUAUCGCUGGUGGGAAGAUGAAGCGACGCCGGUAUUUUGGGCAUUUGAUAUUCUGGAGAUUAGUCGGCUCAUUCGAUUUGGACUCUUUAGCGACGAGAAUUUCCCGCGAACCUCACUUCGCGCUCGUCGGCUUGAUACGAUUGAUAAUUUUUUAUUUGCCAUGUCUCAACCCCAUGAGCAUCAACUGUUGGGCAGUCUCUCACACAUGCAGAGAGUGGAAGAAAUACUGCGCCGGUCCAGUAUCGCUCCUUUUGACCCGAUUCCCUGGAGUUGGCUUCCGCUAGAAUCAACCCCGUCUCACGAUGCCCGGACAAUCGCCAUGGCUAUUGAGACCGAGAGUCAUUUUCAAUUCAGACAGAUUGACUUUGAAGAGCUGGUACGCGCUUCUCUUGGGUACCGGGCCAUUAAAGUCGAGUGGUUUCUACAACAGCACACGGCUCUAUACAUCAUUCUCUUGGAACAUUUGAAGGCUUACCCCGAGACUAUACCUCUAUACACCGAGGUCGAGAAGCAUCUUCGGUCGCGCAGUCCUUUCGCGCAUCGAGCACUGGUACAGUCCUUGCUGGCUGUGCGACCUGAGAACAGUAACCUGGCCCGACCAAAUGCUGGAUUUGACUUCGUCGCUGGCCCGAUUCAGCGUCUGUUCAAGGAUGAAACCGGUAGACUCGCCGCUAUGCUGAAAAUGCUGAGCGUGCUAGCAGUCCGGUUCCGACGACAAUACAUGCAUGCUUCAAGUAUGGAUUGGAAAAAGCCAUUUAACACCUCGAUUCCCUUUCUAGAGGACUGUCUCAUAUCGACAUCUGGGUCCGAUCUAGCCCGCAGUUUAAAAGCCCUGGAUGAACAUCAUUUCGCCGAAAUGACCAGGCAGAACCUCGUAGCAGAGGACGCCGUGGUAGGAAAGUUGAUUCGGCAUUGGCAAACACUCAGCAUCUCUGUCUGGGAAUGCUGCUCGGCGCUUCCAGAUCUCAUCCCUCAUAUCCAAGAAUGCACACAGAAUCUCCUCGCAACCCGCGAUUACCAUUCCCUUACGGCAAUCCUCAAUGGUCUCUAUAACUACACUGUCUCGACCAUGCAAGCUGACGGACCAACUAUCACCUUGGAAGCCCUGACGCCCCCUGAAAUCGGCCUCCUCCUGAACCCAGUCCAAAAUUACGCCUCGUACCGGAAACACUACUGCAGAAACCCCGGGAUCCCUUUCCUGGUCCCUCAUCUUCGCGAAUACAAGCAAACCGACGAGUCCGUUCUCCAGCCCAUCUUCCAAUACCUGCAACGAACCCGAUGA